CUCUGAGCCGUCUCCGGGGCGGGGACCCGGGUGUGGAAGGCGCUAAAGUUGCGCGACCCUCGGCGCGCUGUUGGGGGCGCCCUCCGCGGCGGGCAGCGCGCCAGGGACCGGCCUCCGCAGCUCGGGGCGCGAGAGGCUACACUUUCCCUUCGCCCCCCGCCCUCGUUUCCUCCCGCGCGGCCGCAGCGGAGAUUUCCUCUCGGGGAAACCACGCGGAGUCUUCCCGGGGCUCCUCGCCCCGCCCCAGUUCUCCGCCCCCUCCUCUUUGCUGGGGAGCCGGUGCUAGCCCGCGGCGGGGAGGAGGCUCUGGCAGCCUGGGCCAGGAGGUGGCAGGGGGCCGCGGAGCCGCUGGCUACCAACUCGCCCUGCCAUGUGACGCCGCCCUCCGCCCAGCGACCCCCCGCGCCCCGGGCCCGCGCCCGCGCUCUGUCGCGCCGCGCACCAUGCUCUUGCCGGGACACGCGCGCCCACCGCCAGCGCCCCAGCCAGCACAGCAUCCCGGCCUCCGCCGGCAGGCAGAGCCUCCUGGGCAGCUCCUGCGCCUCUUCUACUGCACCGUCCUGGUUUGCUCCAAAGAGAUCUCAGCGCUCACGGACUUCUCCGGUAAGAAGCGACCUCCCUCGCUGUGCGACCCCGGCGCCGCGGGGCGCCCAGGUUACCUAACCAAACUCCUGCAAAACCACACCGCCUAUGCCUGCGACGGGGACCGUUUGGAUCUGCAGUGCCCUCGGCAUUCGACGAUAAGUGUCCAGUCGGCAUUUUAUGGGCACGAUUACCAAACGUGUAGCGCGCAGCAGCCUGCCUCUCAGAGAGAAGACAGCUUAGCCUGUGUGGCGCCCACCACCCUGCAGAAGGUGCUGGACGAAUGCCAGAACCAGCGGACCUGCCACCUCCUGGUCAAUAGCCGUGUUUUUGGACCUGACCUUUGUCCAGGAAGCAGUAAAUACCUCCUGGUCUCCUUUAAAUGCCAACCUAAUGAAUUAAAAAACAAAACUGUGUGUGAAGACCACGAGCUGAAACUGCACUGCCACGAAUCCAAGUUUCUCAACAUCUACUCAGCGACCUAUGGCAGGAAGACCCAGGAGAGGGACGUCUGCUCCUCGGAAGCCACGUGGCUCCCCCCCUUUGAUUGCUUGUCUUACUCGGCUUUGCAAGUAUUAUCCAGGAGGUGUUAUGGGAAGCAGAGAUGCAAAAUCCUCGUCAACAAUCACCAUUUCGGAAGCCCCUGUCUUCCAGGAGUGAAGAAAUACCUCACCGUCGCCUACGCAUGUGUUCCCAAGAAUAUACUCACAGCGAUCGACCCAGCCGUUGCUAAUCUAAAACCUUCUGUGAAACAGAAAGACGGCGACUAUGGUAUAAACUUUGACCCAAGGAAACCAAGAGUUCUGAGGAAAGAUGGAGUUAUGGUCAGCCACUCCCUGGCAGCAUUUGCUUACCUUCGAGGUAGCCUCGCUGCUCACCUCUGGAGAGACCGUAUUUUGGAAUGUCAACUCUGCAAGUUUGAACAAUGCCUGCCUGCCUCUGUUCAGAGAGCCAAAACCUCUGAAGACUUUUGUAAAAUACAUGCCCACCCUGAAAGAGCUGCCCUGCUGUUCGUGUCCAGUGUUUGCAUCGGUCUUGCACUCACACUGUGUGCCUUGGUCAUCAGAGUGUCCUGCACCAAGGACUUCCGGGAGCUGCAGCUGGCGAGGGAGCACCUGGUGCCAGGAAGCGACAAAGCCGAGGAGGACAGCCAGGAUGAGGAGGCGGAGGAGGACUCCUCUGACUCCGAUUUGCCAGGGGAACUGUCGGGGUUUCGUAGGACUACAUAUCCUGUCUGCAGUUCCAUAGAGGCUGCAGAGCUGGCAGAAAGGAUUGAGCGCAGGGAGCAAAUCAUCCAGGAAAUAUGGAUGAACAGUGGUUUGGACACUUCACUCCCAAGAAACAUGGGCCAGUUCUACUGAAAACCAGAUGCAUCUUGAUGUGAUCACACUUUCUGAAGAGGGAAGGGUUGAAAAUGCCCCUCCAGUUCUGUUUCACUCGUACCUUCUAUGAAGGAGAAUUUGUCAUGUCGUCCAAUACUGGGGAAGCCAGAAAGCUCUUAAAGGGACAUUUCAAACUGUUUACAGCACAUUUCAAAAUAAAUAUGGAGGGAAGAA